AUGAGUUUGGUACAUUCGCCGAACAAGAAGGGAUCCUCGGAUGCGCAAGUCACGCAGCGUAAACGUAAACAACAUGCAUUAGAUGACGAUCUGAGAAAUGAGAUGACCGAAUUUAGGACGGAAAGUAUGUCUUUCCUAAAAGAUUUCCGGACGGCUCAUGACCAGGAUGUGAAAGAUAUGCGCUCUGAUCUUAAUGAAAUAAAAAAUGAUAUCUGCUCAUUGAGAACAGAUAUGCAUAAAAUGAAGGAAGAACACUCCAACUUCAAAAAAGAAUUAAGCAGUAUUGUGGAUUCUAUUGAAUACCAGUCAAAGGAGCAGAAUGAUCUUAAAUCCUGCGUUGACUUAAUGAAAGAGGAUUUGACUUUAUUAAAAACAACUGAAAACGAAUUGGCUGAAUGUAAAAAACAACUUGGCGAGUUAACUGAGGAGUAUCAAAUUCAACAGCAACGUGAACGACUGAAUAAUUUGGAAAUCUCGGGCAUCCCAGAAUCACACAAUGAAAAUCUCUCUCAACAUUUGCAUCAAAUAUGUCAAGUUCUUGGCCUAGUACUGUGCGCUGACGACAUAAUUCACAUUCACAGAGUACCUACCCGAGUAUCAAAUAAUCCGAAGCUUAUCAUAGUCAAGUUUAAAUCACAACUGAUAAAGGAUUCGAUAAUAUCUGCUAUACGCAAGAAAAAGGCACUCACUACAAAGGAAAUAGGGAUGGGAGGAGAGGACCGUCGCAUCUACGUGAAUGAACACCUCACACCAUAUUAUAAAGCACUAUACAGGAAGACCCGUGAGCUGGCGUCCAAAUCUUCGUUCCAGUUUGUUUGGAUUCGUAACUGCAAAAUCUACGUUCGCCGGAACGACACAUCGCCCUCGUUUUUCAUAAAAACCCAAAAAGAUUUGGAAAAACUGAAGUGA